CAGAAACGGAAGAAGGAAAGGGAGGAGAAGGACAACAACGACGACCAACUGCCCGCAGACGACGCCGACAAUGUUGACGCGGCGGUCGCGGGCGCUGUUGAUUGCCUUCUUGAUGGCAUGGUGCCUUGCACUGCUGUACCUAACGCACCACACCUCGCCAGAGUCCCACCUUUCUGACCAGGACUUGUCAGAUCUGGAGGAGCUGAAGCGUCGGGUGCAGCUGGAAGGGGAUGAUGAUUUGCUGCUCAACGAUCAAGUUGCACAGGAGGAAUUCCGGGAUGCGCAGCUCAACGCAUUGCGCGACAGCUAUGGAGAAAAUGAGGAGGAAGAACAGCACGACUUUGAGAACAUUGAGCACCCAACACCACCGCCUGAUGCCAAGAUUGUGGACAACUUUGAUGUGAAGCACAACUUCAAGGUGGUGGAUCCGCGUGCAGAGUGGGUGCCGCUGCCACGGCCGAGCCAACCGUCCGUCCCGCGUAUCAAAUUCGUGGAGGAAGUGGGCUCCCGAAAGUCGAGCGAUCCUUACGCGAAGAACAACUUCAACGUUCACGCCAGCAACAAGUUGCCCUCCGACCGAAAAGUGCCCGACACACGCAACCCCAUGUGCCGCAAACGCAAGUAUCCUGAGGACUACCCGCCCGACUUGCCCUCCACAACGAUCAUCUUCACCUUCCACAACGAGGCGCGCUCCACCCUCUACCGCUCCGUGCGCAGCGUGUUGGAUCGAUCGCCCCCGGAGCUGAUUGACGAGGUCAUCCUCAUCGAUGACGCAUCAGAUGAUCCGGAGCAAGGCAAGAUUGUGGAGGGGAUGGAGAAGGUGCGCAUUCUGCGAAACCACGAGCGUGAAGGUCUGAUUCGCUCGCGCGUGCGUGGCGCCAAUGCUGCACAGAGCCCCGUGCUCACGUUCCUCGACUCCCACAUCGAGUGCAACACCGACUGGCUUCCCCCACUGCUGGAGCAGCUGCACAAGAACUACCGGGCGGUUGCGAGUCCGACCAUCGACGUCAUCAACAUGGACAACUUCCGGUACCUCGGCUCCACAUCCGGCCUGCGCGGAGGCUUCACGUGGAGCAUGCAGUUCCAGUGGGAGACGGCGCCACUCAAGGGGAAGAGCGCCAUCGAUCCAAUCCCCACCCCCAUGAUCGCUGGGGGCCUGUUCAGCAUCACGAAGCGGUGGUUUGACGAGUCUGGCCAGUAUGACCUCGACAUGGACGUGUGGGGCGGGGAGAACUUUGAGAUUUCGUUCCGCACGUGGAUGUGUGGCGGACGCAUGGACAUUGUGCCCUGCUCGCGUGUUGGACACGUCUUCCGCAAGCAGCACCCGUACUCCUUUCCCGGCGGUAACGGCCGCACAUACGACAAGAACACUGCGAGGACCGCGGAGGUGUGGAUGGAUGAGUACAAGCAGCACUUUUACCACGCACGGCCGUCUGCCAAGUUCGCCGCCGUUGGCCCGCUGGAAGAGCGGACGGAACUUCGCAAGCGCCUCAACUGCAAGUCCUUUGGCUGGUACCUCGAGAAUGUGUACCCAGAACUCAGCGUUCCCGGGCGUGACAUGGUUGGCUUUGGGCAAAUCAAGCAGGGCAUGCAAUGCAUCGAUGCUGGAGCAGGCACUCUGAAUGCAAAGCUUGCGGUACAGCACUGCUUGCCGCAGGACAGCGACAAGCAGGAGUGGAUCUUCCGUAAUGACGGGACCAUCAAGCUGCAAGAUGGACACGGCACCAACUUCUGCGUUGCCCUCGACAAGGAUAACCAUGCAGUGUUGCACACGUGCACUACCGACCCACCAAUGCUGUGGACGUACACGGAGAGCAAGCAGAUUCGACAUCGGGAGACGGGCUUGUGUCUGACCAGCAGCAAGAAGCCGCAGCUGAGGGCGUUCCCGUGUGGCAGCACCUCCAACGAGAACGAGAGAUGGGCGUUUACAAAGUAGUGUAGCUCGACACACACCACACACAUCCACGCAUCACAUGCACACACAGCACACAUCCACGCAUCACAUGCAC